AUGCUGCAAGACGCACGACGCACGACGUACAGAUCUAUUUUCAUGAAGAAUCCCACCGCUACUUGGAUCCGACAGAUCACAGAAAUCCCGAGUCUAACACUUGCACAAUAUGCCCCUCACAUCACAUUGAUCGGUCGGAACGAAAUUUCCAACGAAAUGACAAUUCAGCAAAAAAUAGUCGCUGUAUUCGGCGGCACUGGUAACCAGGGAAGUGCUGUUGUUCGAUCGCUGCUAUUGAACCAAAAAGGUGACUUUGAGGUGCGCGUAAUCACACGCGAUGUCAACUCCCCUGCUGCCAAAGAACUGCUCAGCCUUGGUGCGAAGACUGUUUGCGCUGAUGCCCGCGACCAUGACCAGCUAGUUGCUGCGUUUCGUGGGGCGUGGGGCGCGUUUAUCAACUCCAACUCCGAUCACCAUGGUGCGGAUAAUGAGUUGCAUCUCCCCAACGUUUUCGAUUUUGAUACCGCUGUUCUCAAGGCUGCACAGGCAGCGGCUGUGCGUCACGUCGUCUAUAGCUCUGGUGCUAAUGUUUAUCGAGCGACGAAUGGUCGGGUUUCGCUGCCCGGUUUUGACUGCAAGAGCUUUGCCGAGGAAUACGCUCAGUCCCACAAAAUGUUCACGACAUUUACACCACUUCUACCCGCUUCAUUCAUGGAGUGCUGGACAGCUGAACCAUUCUGUGAGACCUGGGGCGGGUUUCCACUAGUCCUCAAGGAAAAUGGCGAGCUUGUCCUAUCUGUGCCGCCCUAUGGUGGUGAUGGUCGAAUGCCGUGGGUCAGUGUCCAAGACGACUUUGGGGAUAUCGUUCACGGUAUUUUUCUUGAUCCGAUUCAUUAUGACAAACAACGAGUCCAGGCGAUCAGCAGCCUUGUUCGAUUUGAGGACUUGGCGCUAGCGUACACUCGUGCUACUGGAACUCCUGUGAAGCUUCAGCCCCUCUCUUCGUGGGCGGAAGUGCCACAGGAUGGUGGUGAUCUUCGUCGCGAGUGUUCUCUGAUGUUUUUUUAUAUGGAGUUUUGUGGUGGUCGUUGGUUUGCUGAGUACCCUAGCGACGACACCGCUGCCAGGGAUUGUAAGGCUGCUGCCGCGAAUGCUCGCGGGUGCAUGAAGUCUACGACCAUUGAUUUUGAAGAAUGGUUUAGCCGCAUGCACAAAGAAAGAAAGCGCCAUGCAUAA